UGCGGGGCUACAAUAUGGCGACUUCCAUGUGGUAGGAGAAAACAACGUGCUCGUAAAAAAAGACGGUUGUUUUGAGCGUCAAUUUUUCUUUGUGUAUGUACAACAUGUGAUGUCACUAAGUGGUACAUGAUGGGAGAGUUCCGAGUUCACCAUAUACGAUUCUUUGAGUUCCAACCCAAGGCCAUCCACUGUAUCUCCUAUAACAAUGAUGCGGAGAAGCUUGCAGUGUCUAGGUCUGACGGUACGUUAGAGCUAUGGAGUUCUAAGGAUCACUGGUUUCAGGAGAAGGUGAUACCAGGGGUAGAAGGCAAGUCCAUCGAGGCACUCUGCUGGCAGGGUGAGCGCCUGUUUACCGCUGGUCUGGACGGUUACAUCACCGAGUACGAUUUGCUGCGACUCCAACCUAAGGCCAUUGCUACCUCUAAUGCUGGGCCCGUCUGGUGCCUUACCUCAGAUCCUACUGGCAAACUCCUAGCUGCGGGAACAGAAGAUGGCUGUGUGGUUAUCUUUGACACAGAAUACAACACUCUGGAGUUCAAGCGGUCCUUUGAUAAACAAGACAAUCGGAUAUUGUGCAUAGCCUGGCACUCGGCGGGGGAAACCAUAGUUACUGGCGGCAUUGACAAUAUCCGACUCUGGAGUGUACGAUCUGGCCAUGCCUACCAGCGCCUCACGCUGGGACGGCAGGAGAAAAAUAAGGAAACCAUUGUAUGGUGUCUUGCUAUAACUAGCGACAUGACGAUUGUGAGUGGAGAUUCCCGGGGGAAAACCUCCUUUUGGAAUGGGGAACAGGGCACCUUGAUCAAAGCCUUCCUGAGCCACAAGGCGGAUGUGUUCUGUUUGUGUGUUGACAAGUCAGAGACUUCAGUACUGUCGUCCGGAGUGGACUCCACGGUUGUCCAGUUUGAAUACACCUCCACACAGAUGGAGAGUGACUGGAAGGUUUGGGUCAAGUCGCUGACUCACUUUAGACAUACCCACGAUGUGCGUGGCCUCGCCCUCGCCAAUGAUCACAUUGUAUCAGGGGGUGUGGAUACUAACCUUAUUGUGUACAGACUACAGUCUUUAAAGAAGAAAAUAUGGCGUAAGCUGGCCCCGGUCCCACACCGGUCGAUGGUACAAGUGGCCAGAGAUGCGGAGUUGGUUGUUCUCAAGUACACCGACUACCUGGAGGUGUGGCGACUAGGAUACACCAACAAAACAUCGGAAACCGACGGUGAGAUCUUACCGUUACAGUCCAACCCAUUAAAUUUAGUUCAGUUAAAGAACAAAUCGAGCGAGCCAAUCAUCUGCUUCGCAAUCAGCUCCCACGGUAACGUGGUUGCCUUCUCCGAUCAGGAUUCAAUACGGGCUUACAAACUAGUCAUUAAAAACAAGGAGCUUAUCAACCCUAGUGUUUCAAUAAAGAAACUGAAGCUGUAUAUGACGGAGGAUUCCACAGCACCGCUACCCGCCCAUCACAUGUUAGCGACGACCAACGGUGAUACUAUCGUCACAGCUACAGUGUGUGGAAGUAUACAAGUACUCCGUGUAGAGGACAGCUAUGUCAAGGUGGACCAUGCUUUCUCCGGCUCAAAAGAACGGGUUGCCAGUAUCACUGUGAUGUGUAUGUGUCCGGACGACCGGCUGGUUGCCGUUGGUGACAGUGGGAGGAAUGUAACAAUUUACGACAUUAUUAGAAAACAGAUUGUGUGUCGAUUGCCACAGUACAGUUGCCAAGUGACUGCUUUGGCCUUCAGCUUAUCUGGUAAAGAGCUGGUGAUGACGUACGCUGACCAACUGGUUUACGAAUUUGACAUAGCAGAGCAAGAAUACUCAACAUGGAGUAAAAAUAAUUCCACCAAAUUUCCUAACCACUGGAAAAAGCGACAUGGUAAAAUCAAUCAUAUGUUCUUCCACCUUGCGCACCCCAACAAAAUAUUCCUUCAUGAUGAGCAGAUACUGUACGUACUGGACAAGACCAAGCCAUUUCCCAGUGAAGAUUUGAAAAUAUGGAAGAAAGGGUCAGGAAAACAAGAGGCUGACAAGAGCACUCAUCCCCUCAGCAUCUGUAGGAAAUACAAGUUUAUCCUGUACAUUGACGCCCUGAAGGACGACUGGCUAGUUACAGUGGAAAGGCCUCCAGCUGCCAUCAACGCCAGCCUACCUUCAACUCUCAAAGUGAAGAAAUUUGGAACAUGAUCAUCAGCAAUAGUUGCAGCACUGAUCUGGACUCUAACAACAUGGCUUUGUCAUUCUACUGUUGUAGAUAUAAGCUGUGUACUCGACCAAUCAAACCUGGUCUCUAACUUAUGUUGCGAUAAUUAAGUUGAACCCGAUUGACUGUACAAGUGCAGGGCACAUGUAAACGAAACCUUUCAUGCUCAAACUUGUAUUCUGCAGUGCUCAGGCAAAGUUCUGUGUCCUUGUGAUGUCACACUAUUUUGAUAUUUCAAGUAAGAAUGUUGAGGCUGAAUACAGUAUGCAAGGAGCUUUUCAUUGCGAUUUAGCCUUCACCCUCAUUAAUCAUCGCAAAUUUAUCUCAGCAACCAUACAUAGAAAUUACAUGUGAAGGGCGAAACUAACACUGGGUACAUAAGGAUUUUGAAAGUGAAGGGCAAAACUAACACUGGGUACAUAAGGAUUUUGAAAGUGAAGGGCGAAUAUUUGAAUGGGCAAAAGUUUUACAGUUAUACAGUUCCAUUUUCAGUCUCUUGAUUUCGCUGUUGCAAGUUAAGACAUGCAGGUAUAAGUACAGUAUACAUGUUUGUGCAUGAGGACAGUUUCAUGAACACAACCCCUGGUGUCUUGCGCUAUCUUGGACUUUACUGGAGGUUGUGAAAUUUAGUAUGGACUGGAGACAUUAAAGACACAAACAUCAAGAUACUAGGUUAUGGCUCAUUGUGUUUGAGCUUUUCACUCCGUCGUUAUGUUGUUAACAAUUUGAUUAGAUUACUUUCUUUAAUACUUUAAAACAUUUAGCUUAGUAAGGUGUUAGAUCUAGAUGAGUCUUUGUUCUAAGGCAUCUGAAACUUGAUCAUCAAUAUGUGUUUAGUACAUGGUAUAUAGAAUGAUGACUUCAAUAAAAUUGUUAAUAUACUCAGAGAAUAAAUGCCUUAUUUUGAAAUAUGAAAAUGGAUGUUAUUAUGAUUUAUUAAGUAAUUAUAAGAUGUUGACAGUUAUGUGAAAUGAGGUGUUAUAUAAGGUAGAGAGUCCCAGCUCUCUGUUUUGUUUCUGUAAGGAAGAAGAGUUCCGAUUUGACCAGUCUUUUUGCAAAUUUGAGUUGCUUGCCGAUUUACCAUAGCAAAGAGUUAAGUACAGAAGAAAUUUAUUUCUUUUGUAAAACCUUAUUCACAAAAACAUCUCCGCUCCACUAAUGAAAUAGUGAGCUUAUCCACAACACUAACGGUCAUUACCGUAUUUAUCUUACAAUAAGCAAAGGGGGCCAACACAUAUUCUCUGACUGAAAGUAGGGGGAGGAGCUUAUUACAGGACACCACAUAUUCUCUGACUGAAAGUAGGGGGAGGGGCUUAUUACAGACAACACAUAAUCUCUGACUGACAGUAAGGGGGUGGG